GGCACUGCACAUGUAAAAUUAUACUACAAUUUUUUUUAACCUGGAUUAUUGGUGGUGUAUAUGUUAUGUUAUGUAUGUUAAUGGGUGGGCGUCAAUGGCCCCUGGUACACAGCUUGGACACCAUUCUUUUAGAGUGACAUCGAGUUAAAGGAUGACAGGCUCCUCCUCGACAGAUAGUGAAUGUUAUGAAGUGCAGAAAACCGGAAGUCACAUUUUAUUGCACUCAGAAGAGGAAAAAGUCAUAUUGGUGUUGCGCUAAAGGGGCACACUUGUGUGUUUUCUUCAUUUACGGGAAGUGUUGGAAAUGUGUCAUUAGCGACAACCUCAGCAGUCAUAGAAAAAACACCCAAACAACGUCGAGAUAUUUGGCGGCAGCUGCAGCUCAUAUAACGGACUUUUCCUCCUAACAUGGAACAUGUCGCCCACCAGGAACCAGCCCAGUGUAACAACCCCAUAUUCCUUGGUAAGGCCGGUUGGGUUAAAAAGGCCCCCUCCAAACUGCUGGCGAUAUACAAAGACCGCUACAUCCAAGUGGAGAGGACAGAUGUUGCAGUAUACAAAGAUGAGUACUUUGUGUUGCAGGACCUCAAGAGCUGCAUUGAAAGGCUCGACCUCCAGAACUAUGACAAAUGUCACGAAUUAAAGAGCCCAUUCAAGAGGAAACACAGACUGGUCCUUAUUCGAUCGGUCAAGUCUGGAAAGAAGAUUCAUGAUAUGAAAUUCCAAGCACAGACUGCCGAGGAAAAGGAAGCUUGGAUUAAAGCCCUAAGUGAUGGGAUCAGUCGAGCAAAGAACAAAGUUUUGGAUGAGGUCAAAAUGGAUGAAAGCAGUAAUUUACAGCAUUUUACCCGAGAAAGACCCAAAGGAAACCGUAACCGCCGCCCACCAACCCGGAUCCAUAUGAAAGAGCUAGCUGAGUUGUCAUCUGAAGGCACGCAACGCUUGGAUCUUGCCGCCAUGCCGAAUUGGACAUCUUCUGUUGGUGACACUGACAUCCUUGGAGAAAGCCACAAAUCCCUCGAGAAACUCAAUGAAUCAGACAUCGAGGAGAACCAGUUUCAGUUAGAGGCCCAGAUGCUGCCCAUUGCCCCACCUGAAGACACCAAGACUUUAGCUGUUGAUGAAUCCACAGAUGGGAGGACAUCGAAACAAAGUCCUGGUUCAAGAACAAAGACUGGUCCCCCAGCAACACCUCCAAAACUCACAAGCGGCUAUCCAAGUGAGCUUGGAUAUUCUCAACCCAGGCAGCAGGCCCACCCUCCAACCCCACCAGCCAAAGACAAGAAGCCGUUGUGUACUUCAGCGUUAAACCAAGAGACUAACGAUGAGCCACAAGAUGAAGUCUGUAGUCGUGAUGCCACUCCCUGCUCUGAAGGAUUUGUUUUAGAAGACUCCAAUAAUGACUUGAACAUCCAACCUGCAGAAAGCGACACACCUCAAGCAGAAAAGAUCCUGCUGAAUGACUCCAUCCGUUCCAUUGGCAUUCUUCUUCAAACCUCACAAGAAACGAAUGCAGAAGAAGAAGAAGAAUCAGUUAUUUUGUCUGCAUGUGAAGAUGCUAUGGUAGCCUCUUCCUGUACAGAUGUGCUGAACAUUCACAGCUGUGCUUGGUUCCCGCCCCCAAUAGUUCUAACAGCACCAUCGGGCUUAACUAAGACCGGAGCUGCCUCUUUGGGAGAUUUGCUGUCUGACCCGUCAGUCAGUAUUCACGCUGUCACUCCAAACAAGGCCUUGAGUAAGGACUUGGUGGACAUUGAAAAAGAGCUGACUCGGGAAACGGCAACGACAAAUGAGCUCAUGAGCAGAGCGUGCCAGUCAAAUAUGGCAGGAGAGGAUGGAUGCACCCCAGACGUUCUGCUGACUGAGGCCAUGGAGAAGCUAAAGAAGGCUGAUCAAGUCCUCAGAGAAGUCAAGAAACUGAAACUUGCAAAGAGUUUGAACAAAAGAAAUAGCUGGUGAAUGUAAUUUUAUGAUCAUACGCUUGGACAUGAGCAGAAAUACAGCGGUGUGGGAAAGCAUUGACCCCCUUCCUGAUCACUUAUUUCUUUGGAUGUUUGUCACACAAAUGUUUCAUAUCAUUAUCAAAUGUAAUUAGACAACACAACUCAAUACAUAAUGCUGUUUUUAAAUUGAACUUUUUAUUAUUAAGGCAGAAAAAAAAUCCUCAAUUCCACCCUCGGCCAUCUCUGUGUGGAGUUGGCAUGUUCUCCCCGUGCAUGCGUGGGUUUUCUCCGGGUACUCCGGUUUCCUCCCACAUUCCAAAAACAUGCUAGGUUAAUUGGCGACUCAAAAUUGUCCAUAGGUAUGAAUGUGAGUGUGAAUGGUUGUUUGUCUAUAUGUGCCCUGUGAUUGGCUGGCCACCAGUCCAGGGAGUACCCCACCUCUUGCCUGAAGACAGCUGGGAUAGGCUCCAACCCCCCGCGACCCUCAUGAGGAUAAGCGGUAGCAAAUGGGUGAAUAAAAAGAAAUCCAAACCUACAUGGCCCUGUUUGAAAAGGGUUCAAACAUACUGUAACUGAGAUUGAGAUCUAUCAGUUUGGAAAAGGUUAUGAAGCCAUUUCUAAAGCUUUGGGACUCCAGCAAACCACAGUGAGAGGCAUUGUCCACAUGUUGACGAAAACAUGGAACAGUGGUAGAACCUUCUCUGGAGUGACUAAAAUUAAUCCAAGGGCACAGCGGAAGCUUUGGGCUGCAAAUAGCCUCCAAAUACGCUGCGUUUAUAGUAACAGAGACUGAACAUCAACAACGAAAAAAUCCUCAAUAAUUUUUUAUAUACGUGAAUGUUGAUUAUUUUAGCUUUUAGCCUUGUUUUAGCUCUGAAUGAAUGUUUGGAUAUUGUAUUUUAAUGCAUCUUUUACUCUGUUUUUACUCAACUCUAUUUCUUCUGUACUGCAAAGCAUCUUUGAGUACUCU